GCAGCCCUGGGUCAACAGCCCCCCUGCAGCCUAUCCAGCAGCAGCAGCAGUGUGGCGAGGGGCGGGAGGUGCUGAGGGUGGAUGAGGAGGAGGCUGGGCAGCCACCACCGCCUUGCAUCACAUCUCAAGGUCAUGGACUGGCUGCCCCGCCUCAGUCUAGUACCCACAGUCUUGGCGCACGGUUGCAUCUCGUCACGCGCACCUCAUAGCCCUCGUAUGAAAACAUUUAGCUCAAGAGAGGACUUAACAAUGAAUUACGUAGUAUUAAUUACCCAGAAGCUGAAGAGAUAAAUAAGUGUGAGACUUUCAGCCGUUAUUAGAGAAGCUUGAGAAAUGUAAAAAGGAAAAUACUGGGUGGAUAACCUUACCCCGAGAAUAGUACUUUGUGGGAGGACGCUUCUUGAAGACUGAUGACAUCUUUAGUACCGUAAAGCAGUGGUGGAAACUAGUGUUGGUGGAGGGCUGUGUUGGAGAAGGACAGUGUUGAUACAGAGCAGUAUUGGCGGAAAGCAGUGCUGGUGGAGACCUUGAACUCUUUUUUUUGGGGGGAGGGGGGUAGAAGUGUGUUGGUGUAGGAUUGUGGGUGUUUGUGAUGCUGGGAAUCAUAGAGAUGUGUCCUAGAAGAACUACCUCGGGACUCUAGUUCUCCUCUAAGCCGUGCCCUGGGAGGAGGAGGAGGAGGAGGAGGACGGGAGGGCAGCGUAUCACAAGCGUCUGGUGUGACGUAUGUGACCUGGAUCUUGGACACUGCAAGACCUGAGUACCUCAACAUAGGAUGUCGCGUGCAGCGCAGCGCAACUGAUAAGAUUAGGCGCGAAUCAGGCAGUGUUUAAGCAAACCACUGUCAACAGGUACUCCUGAAGUCCUGCAUGGCUCUUAAAGGUCUUUUGAAACAGAUCUAAGGAGCACGAGAGCUCCCAGAAGCUUUCUGGAGAGCUGAAGGGCUCCUGGAAGUCUUCUGGAGAGCGCUCGAAGAGCUGCCGAUUCCCAGAAAUCUUCAGGGAGCAUCUGAACAGCUAAAGAGUUCUCGGGGAACUUUGGGAGUCCACCUGUGGAGCUGCAAAGCUUUUGGAGGUCUUCUGAAGAGCUUCCAAAGAACUGGAGUGUUCCCGAAGAGGUCCUGAAAGACACCCGCAGAGCAGCCAUGAGCUGUGCGCUGGGACUGCUGGACGAAGCCGGGGAGGCUGCUGGUGUAGUGAUGGGCGUGCAGCGACCCCCACCCCCUCGACGAAGGCGCUCAGGAGCAGGCGCUCCCACUCUCACCCUCAACGGGCGCCCCACCAUGAACCAGCUGGACCUCUCCUCCACCCUUCUGCGUGCACGCCGACAAGCGCAAGAUGCUGCAGGAGCUGACCACUUCGCUGCACGUGCGCCCCAACAAGGCGCAUGUGCUGUGGGAACUGGCGCAUUGUAUCUCCUCCGCUGUCAACGCUGACGGCUACAACCUGUACCUGGCUGACAACACGACUGACACCCUCCACCACUAUCUGGAGACCAAGGAGGGGGUAGAGCUGCGAGGCCCCGGGUCGUCAUGGUCUUGUGAGAUGGGUGUUGGGUCGUGGCUCUGCGCCUGGGUGGCCAGCACCAGACACGCCGUUCGCAUCACAGGCCCUUCCAAUGACCCACGGUUCCCCAAAGGCUGUCCCUUCCUCGAGGAACAGGAGGUGGAGCAGGCGCUGACCAUGGCUGUGGUGCAGAGCAACGGAGAGCUGGCGGCGGUGCUGGAGCUCUACAGGAGGAAGGGAGGAGACAAGUUCCACGAGGAGGACGAGGAGAUCGUCAACUCUUACCUGGUGUGGGGCGGUAUCGCCCUCCACUACGCUGACCUUUACCACAACAUGGUCAAACAACGCAAGCUUAACGAGUUCAUCCUCUCCGUUGUCAAGUCAGUGCCACAGCCGCUUACUUGCGUCCCCUUACAGGUAGCCCUUGAAGUGCUAAGUUACCACAACUCUUGCACUGAUGAUGAGUUUGAGACUCUUCAAGCCGACUCAUUAAAGAACGCACAGCCAGGUGUUGAUGAUUACUACUUCUGUCCACUGUACUUGGAGGAUAUGGACAAGGUGCGCCACGCCAUUUACAUGUUUGUGGACCUGUUUGGUCUGUCACGGUUUGACAAAGAGUGCCUGAUCCGGUUUACUCUGACUGUAAAGAAGAAUUAUCGGCGUGUCCCCUACCAUAACUGGACUCAUGGAUUCAGUGUUGCGAAUUCCAUGUACACCAUCAUCAAACAUGCUCCCAAGACAUUCCGACCGCUGGAGUGCUUAGCCUUGUACAUUGGGUCACUGUGCCAUGACUUGGACCACCGUGGUAAGAACAAUAAAUUCAUGCUGGAGACAGAGAGUCCUCUGGCAGCAAUCUACACCACCUCCACCCUGGAGCACCAUCACUUCAACCAGACUGUUACUAUCCUCCAGCAGGAAGGCCACAACAUCUUUGGCAAGUUGACCUCUAAUGAGUAUAAGCAAGUAUUAAGUAAUAUCAAGCACUGCAUCCUGGCCACCGAUCUUGCCCUGUUCUUCCCAAACAAGGCAAGACUCACGAAGCUAGUCGAAGAUGACUUCUUUGAUUGGGAAAAUCCAGAUCACAGAUUGCUGAUUGAGGCUAUUGCAAUGACAGCUUGUGAUCUGUGUGCCUCUGCUAAGCCUUGGGAUGUCCAGGUUGAAACUGUCAAAGUUAUCUUUGAAGAAUUUUAUGAACAGGGUGAUGCUGAGAAAGCCGCAGGAAAGAAUCCAAUACCAAUGAUGGACAGAACUAAAACGGAUGAACAAGCAGAAUCUCAAGUUGGAUUCCUUUCCGGCAUCUGUAUUCCAUGCUAUGAGCUGCUGCAUAAGCUUAUUCCUGAUACAGAGCCACUCCUCACCGGCUGCAAGAACAACUUGCAGACGUGGAAACAAAUAGCUGCAGAAAAGAAAAAAGUGGAUAACGAGAAAAGAGACGAAGAUGGUAAAGAGAGUGUUACAGGAAUAGAAGAGGCCAGUGGAGAGGAGAGAGAAGACCUUGAAGAAAUUGACGAUGAAUGCACUAAUGCGAAAGCUGACAUAGAAAAUGGAAAUAACACAUAAAAUAGUGAAGUUUAUAUACGAUAGCCGCUUCCUUCAAGAGAAGGAAGCAUUUAAAUGAGUGGCGUACUGUACAUAGAUUAUACUCGGUACAAAUUAAUACACUUAAGUUUUCUCAACUGUGCAGAGAUAGCAAAUCAAAAGACAAAAAUCAUCGUUAUAUGAUUACUGAGCAUUAACAAUGUUCUCAAGGAUAUAAUGUAAUUAUUGUCCUGAGGUAUAUCCAGAAACAUUAAAAUAGUGUAUCAUAUUUCUUAGGAAUAAAGGACUCUUUCAUGAGAGUAUCAUCCAAGACACUAGAAUUACAGUGUAUUCUCUUCAUAAUUAUCUUCAUUUUACUUUAUUUAUUAUCAAACUUGGUCUGAAAUGUUGUUAGGCCAUUUGUAACUAAACAGUCAGUAGUAUUGUAAUGAAGAGUGUAUUUUCAAUACAUACUUUGAAAUUGUGACGUGCAGGAAAAUUUAAACACAUUUCAGAAGGAAAAUAUUGACUAAGAUAUGCAUCGUGUUAUAUAUUUACGAACAUAUCCAUUACAUUUUGAGUGGGUCUAUAAAGAAUAAAAGAACAAAAAAAAAAAAAACAGUGGGCAGCAAUGACAGCUUAGAAAUUGUAUCAAAACACAGCUAGUUAAAAAAUAAAUGUUUUAAGGUAUUUAGCAGUAUGCUAAAAUGCUAUUUCUGAUUGCUUUUUAUUACUAUAUUCACAUGUUGGAUUCAUUUCAACAUAUGAAUGUAGUAAUUCCAACAUCCGAAUCUUCCAAAUACACCCUGUAUAUGGCGGGAUUCAAAUGUGAAGUUACAGAAGUUUUGAAAUCUUUUGAAUGUUGUGUAGAGGAGGAAGAGUUGAAAGUGAAUGCAGACAAGACUGAGGUGAUGAGAGCAAAUGUCUAAGAAAUGAAAUACUGAAAACCAGAUUGGAAGGAAUAUAUAUAUACAUAUAUAUAAAAGGUAGAAAAUUGUAUAGGCAAGUACAUCAAAAGAACAAUUUGUGAUUACUCAAAUAAAUUAAUAUAGGUAAAUCAUUUAAGAUGCUGUCUAGUAAAAAUUCACUGUAGAAUCCUAUGGGUUUAGUGCUCCCCCAUAAUUAUAAUAAUAAUAGUAAAAAUUCAGUGUGUAGUAGAAUUUCUUGGCAUAACUUCUGUAAAGUACUGUAACAGGUAUUUUAUAAUUUACAAUGUGGGCCUGUGGGAAAGAUGAAUGAUUCUAGAGGUGUGAGAGAGGCUGAUAAAGGAGAGUGAAAUAUUUAUUAUAAGGUCACAAAGAGUGCAAGCAUUGCAUUAGAAAUAUUGACACAUUGAGCACUAGAACUGUGAGAAAAAUGUAGAGAAAAAAAAAACAUGAAAUUAAGAGGACAGUUGCUGUUUUGUUAAAUGAUUAAGAUAUAUUUUUAUGGUAUAUGAAGAAGCAUAUUUACCAUCACUCACUUAAUAGCUGUCUUGCCAGAAGGGUGAAGACACUACAAUUCAAAUGACUCUCCAAACUGCUACAUGCCCACCCCUCCUUCAGAGUGCAGGGACCUCUGUAACUCCUGUUUGGCUAACCAGUUUUCCCUCAAUUCCUUCAUAAACAUAACUUUGCUCACACUCCAACAGCACAUCAAGCCACAAAAUCCACUUGUUUCUAUCCACUCUGAUCCAAGACCCUCACACAAGCCUGCUGGAUGUUCAAGCCCCUAGCAAUCAAAACCUCCUUUACUCCCUCCCUUCAACCAUUCCUGGGAUGACUCCUAUCUCUUCUUCCCUCCACCCCAGGUUUAUACACUCUUUUGGUUAUCCUAGACUGCUACAUUAUUUCUAAAUUAUCAAACCACCUCAACAACUCUCCUCAGCCCUCUGAAUUAUACUUCUGGUGACCCAUCUCCAUCUUCUAAUUUCUGUACUCUGAAUUCUUUGCACAAUAUUCGCACAACUCAUUGUUGUCAAAUAUGACAGCUCCACUGCUUCCAGCCUGAUCCUUGCUGCAACUUUUAAACUGAGUGACAGUCAUUAUAUUUUUCCAUCAGAGAUUGUAACAUCUGUGUGAUCAGUCACCCACACAUUAGAUGUGGCUGUCUCCCUCAGUGUAUGAGUUAAAAUAAUUUCUCCUUUUAUUGUACAGGUGGAUUGCAUAGGGACUGGAAUGGGUACAUUGGUAUCAUUGGUAGGAACUGGCUAUCUCAUCGGGGUCAUUUUAACUCUAUACAUAUACAAAUAACUCUCGCAUAAGAGAAAGAAACUUAUGACAACGUUUCAGUUUGACGUUUCAGCCAAGUUGGACUGAAACGUCGUCAUAAGUUUCUUUCUCCUAUGUGUGGGUUAUUUGUGUAUUGUUCCAAUCAUGGUAUUAUGCCUUUUUAUUCUUUAACUCUGUAUAUGUGAUGAGACUGUACCAGAUGAGAACAGUGUACAUUUCACAGUGACUAAAAAACCCUAGAGCAGCAAUGCAUUGUCAACUAUAUGAGCAGAAUGGUGUAUGUAGACUAAGGAAGAAAGGAUUAGGAAAGUUAAUUAAGAGGAAUCUAGGUCAUUUUAUUAUUAUUAUAUUCAUGAGGAAGCACUAAAUUUGUAGUUACCUACAUCUAGGCAACCCCUCUUGAAUGGAAGACUCGCUGAAACAUGGUAACUUUGUCGGAGACCUCUUGUGCGUGCAUUACAAAGACCUCUUCUUGUGCAUGCAUUACAAAAGACCUCUUUGUGAGUGUGAUACAAAAGAUUUCUUCUUGUGCAUACGAUACAAAAGACUUCGUCUUGUGCAUGUGAUACAAAAGACCUUGUCUUGUGCGUGCAAUACAGAAGACCUUGUGCAUGCGAUACAGUGUUCUUAACCAGUCAUUUAAUAACUUACUACUGUACUUCUUUUUACCAUGUUAUAGAUACCAAUGCAUCUUUUAUACAAAACUUUAAUUGUAAUGUGCAUGAAUUUUAUCAUAGUUUUGCUAUUUUGACAGUUUGCCUAAAUUUUCACUCCUUUGCCCUCUGCUGCUGGAUCUGUGGAUCUAUGACUGGUUUCAAGAGCUCUUCUGCUCUUAGCUCAGCCUGUAUUCUGCUUUAUCAACUAGGGUGUUGCUUCCUGUGGCCCUAAAUAGCCAUCACAGCUUAGCUGAUUAGGUACCUAUUGCACGAACUGGUCCAGUUUCUUUGUGAAAACUUAUGUACUUCAUUCAUUGCAUUCUUUCAGUGACUUUCCUUUUCAUUUUAUGUAACAGUAUUGGCACAUAUCAUUCCUCCAAAUAUACUAAACUACUCUUCCUUAUACAAUAGCUGUCAGUCCUACUUGAAAUUCCUCCUACUUUAGGAAUAUUUACCUUUCAUAAUUACAUUGACCAAACCAUCAUCUUGAUACAGUUAAGCCCAUAAAAUUAUACAUAACAAUGCUAUUGCCUUAUUACAGCUACUGCCUUUCUGUAACUACUGUACUUGGUAAUGGCUCCACCCACUACAGGGACCACUAGGCUUUAAUUCUUGGGGGGAACCAUGUAAUUGUUUGAAGUGAAGUUAAUUGUAAUUGGUGAGCUAAAAAAAAAAGCAGUGAAGUUAUUUUUACAAAUAGAAUCUGAAAAUAUUAUUUGUGUAAAUAUACUAAUGUUCAUGUGAUUUCUGUAAAUAAUUUGCAUAAUUUGUAGCCUUAGCAAUCUAGGAAUUAAUAGCCAAAUAUGAGCAUUUUUGUACAUGUUAUCCAUUAAAAAUAAGCUAUAGUCGCAUUAACAGAACAUAUGAGGCAUUGUGGAUAUUAAGGGUGAAGAAUAUCAGGAGCUACCAUUUAUUUUGUUAUAUUGGGUGUAAAGCCUUGAUUGGGUAGGCCAGUAGAUGCUUAACCAUUUAUCAGGAAAUCGUAUGACAAAGACCUGUGCCGGGAGACACUGUCCUGUUACCUGACAAAGAGAACAUCGCCUAAUGGGUGAAUUCAGCAUCUGAAUUUUGGUAGACAUAUUGCCUUUAACCCUUAAACUGUCCAAAAGUAGAUCUACGUUUUUUUUUUUUACAUGCUCUCAAAUGGGGAAAAUCAAGGUCGGAGCACUACGCAUGUGAACGUAGAUCUACGUUUGGACAAUUUAAGAGUUAAAACAAUUUAUUCAAGUACACAAGGAUCUCAACUGACUAACCCAGCAAGUUAUACACAUUAGCACUUACAAAAGGGCUAUUUAAAAAGUAAUAAAAGCUUUACAGCCCCUUAAAUAAAAGCAUCCUUUAUUCUGUUGUUUUCUAUAAAUAUAACUCAUUUCUAAGUUGAAAAAACAGAAAUGCAACUCUCUUGGAAGUUGAUGCCCUCCUGUGAAAAAUAAAAAAAUUCUUGCUAACUAUUAUUAUGUUUUUCAUAUUUUACAUAAAUAGUACUGUGCAGUGUAGUUACUGUAAGAUGUUGAGUUUGCCCUUGCUCUCUGCAAUGUCUCAUUUGCACACGACACAUGGUUACAAAUUAUUAUUGUGACACAAGGCCACCAUAAGCACAUGACUACUAUGAAACACACGACCAUCAUAAACACAGCAACAUAUUGCCAUUAUACACAGUAGUAUAGUAUACCCGGGUCAGGAACUGGAUAAAGUGCCGAUCCUAUCACCCAAGACGCACACAUAGAAUAUGUCAAGUAGAAUAUGCAAGGCUGGCAAUAUAAAAACGUACUUCGGUAACCUGAAUGCUCGAAAUGCUGUGCAUCCUUGGGGCUUUUUCAUUACUUCAUAUUUUAUACAAUGUCUGAAAUAAAAAAAAUCAGGCAUAUCAAUAAGCACAGACAUUAAUUAACAUUUCUCCAUAAACACAAAUGUUAACACUAAACCAUCUUAAACACAAACAUUAACACUUCACCAUAAACAUGGCAACAAAUAAUCAAGUAGCAACAAAAAAUAAAAAAUUAAAAAACUACCAUAAACACAAUAGCUCAAGGUUACCAUGAUCUCCAUGACUACCAUGAAUUUCACCCUUUUCAGGGACUAUGAAUUAAGUGUGUGUGUGUGUGUAUAUACUCGCCUGUAUAUUGUUGCAGGGGUCACAGUGUGUGUGAGUGUGCGUGUGUGUGCGCAUGUGCGUGCUCACCUAUAUGUGGUUGCAGGGGUUGAUUCACAGCUCCUGGUGUGUGUAAUGGAACGUCUAUAUAUUAGUCGAAGUAAAAUCAUCAAUGUAUCCAUAUUUGAAGUGUAUAAUACAUAAAAAUGUAUAGAAAAUAGUUACAUAUGUAUAUAUGCUAUAAAUAUUUGUGUUUUGAUUGUUUAAAGAAAAUCAUCAGUUCAUAAAAAAAAAUAAAAGUUUUCUAUUGUGUACUGUACAUGGUUUAAGGUAUAUGUUAAUAUAAUUUAUUUUGGUUUUUAUUUUAUCUGUGAAAAUAAGAAUUUCAGUUACUCUCACUUUUUUUUUUUUUGUGAUAUUAUAGUUAAGGGUCAAUAGACCCCAUAGGGGUCUAAAGCACCUGGGAUGUGGAAAGUAAUCAGGUUCAAUCCAAUGAAGAGAAAGGUGGUUUCAAUUUCUUGGAUCAAGAGCCCUUCACUGGCAUCGAGGCACUUUUAUCUCCUCCCUCCCUUUGAUCCCUGGAUGGGUUUAUUAAGUCAAAAUUUUAGGAAUUGUACAUGUGCUUGUAGAAAUAAAGAUUAUUAUUAUUAUUAUUAUUAUUAUCAUUAUUAUUAUUAUUAUUAUUAUUAUUAU